GUUGGCUGACACACAGGAUCGUCAUCAUCCAUCAUCCAUCAUUCACACUCCCAUUGCACUCUCCUUACACUUACUCUGAAUACCAGGACAUCAUGAAUACAGAACAACCAUUGGCCACUCCCACCCGCUUCAUCUUGGAAUGCUCUACUGCCACCGGUGGAUAUCCCUUCCCGUCUGUCGUGGACGAUCCCUUCAAUCGCUGCAUCCCUUUGACUCCGCCCUUGUCUCACCAGACCACAUCGCAGCAGCAGCAUCACCAGCAGCAGCAGCAGCAACAACAACAACAACAACAACACGUCUUUGCUGCACCGCAGCCCAUCUUCACUGGCGCCGCCUCUUACUACCCUGCUCCCGCAGUUGCACCUGUUAAGCAGCCGCCGACUCCUCCACCUCCAACCUCCUACGGUCAGCCGGCCGCUAUUCCCACCGAGGCAUUGUUCCCGCAUGCCGACCCUUCUGUCAUGCCGACGACGCACAGCGCCCGUCACCAGCAACAACAUCCUCAUCAUCAACAAGCACAACAGGAGCAACACCAGCAACACCAGCACCAGCAGCUGGCUCUGCCUCCGUCUCCAACCAAAUCGACAGCAGGCCGAAAGCGCCGGGCAUCAUCACAACACGAAGACGAGGAAGACGAUGAACAGCGCAAGAAGCUGCUUGAACGCAACAGAGUGGCCGCUUCAAAGUGCCGUCAAAAGAAGAAAAAGUGGAUGCAUGAACUCGAGGUCCGCUCUGAACACGUUGCAACCCGCAACAAAGAGCUGCACGAUCUCUUGAGCCAGCUCCGUGAGGAGAGCAUGUUCUUGCGCAACCAGCUGCUGACGCACAGCGACUGCAACUGCACCAUGGUGCAAACAUACCUGCGACGAUCAUCUGCACGCCUGUCAUCCGGCGCUUACGGCCACCCUACCGCUGCUGCUGCAGAUGCUGUGGCCGAGCUGAUGACGAACAGCCCCACGACGCCUCCAUCGUCAAUGUCGCGCUCGUCGUCUCCGCAACAAUCCUCCCCAGAAACCUUCUAACUUCUUGCACACUUUUCCCCCACGAUACCUCUUUCAUCUUGCACAUACAAACCUCUUUGCUUGCUUUCUCUUCGUUAUUGUCACAUGCUUGCGCCCACUCCAUCUGCCCCCCAUGUAUAGUCAUUCUCUCUCUCUCUCUCUCUCAGUCUUUUUGAUAUCUCGUGUAGCGCGUAGUAUAACUCAUCUGUACGCCUUCUACUCCCUUGCUGCUUGCUGCAAUCCAUGUACAUAUGUCUGAAAAUAAAAACUGUG